AUACCUCCUUAAAUUCCUCACCAAAAACCCUCUCUUUCAUUAAUUCCAAAAAAAAAAAAAAAAAAACAAAACAACAGAACAAAGUACGAUGAUGUAUGCGACAAACAACAACAAUCGGUGGAUGAUAAAUUCAAAUUCAACAUGGACAAGAUUUGAAGACAAAUUAUUCGAACAAGCACUAGUUAUGUACGGUGAAAACGAUGUUGAACGUUGGCAUAAAAUAGCAAAUCAAGUACCUGGUAAAUCAGCUGAAGAUGUUAUGGCUCAUUAUGAGACACUUGUACAUGAUGUUUUUGAAAUUGAUUCUGGUAGAGUUGAACCACCUACUUAUCCUGAUGAUUCUUUUGAUUGGGAAUCAUCUGAUAAUAAUACUAAAUCCAGUCAGAUCUCUUUUGGUUCCAAUAAAAAACAUGAAGUUGAGAGGAAAAAAGGUACCCCUUGGACCGAAGAAGAACACAGGUUAUUCCUUAUUGGGCUGGACAAAUACGGGAAGGGUGACUGGAGAAGCAUUUCAAGAAAUGUUGUGGUGACGCGGACUCCAACACAGGUGGCCAGUCAUGCUCAAAAAUACUACCUUAGACAGCAGUCAAUGAAGAAAGAACGGAAAAGGUCGAGCAUACAUGACAUUACCACCGCAGUGGAUACGAACAUGGUUCCUCCUCAAAACAGUCUUCAGAAUCAAGGAGGGUAUCAGAAUUUCAACUUCCACAUGUAGACAUGAAGAGUAGGAAUAUCUGUACAUAGUAUGGUCAUUUGGAGUAGAUGUUCCAAUUUGUAAAGUUUAUUGUUUCUAGUUGAUAUAGGGGAUUUCCUAGUGAAUAGAAGCUUAGUCGAUAGUUUUAAGUUACUGCUAUGAGCUAAAUGGGUGUACUUAGGAUGGCAUAUUUUAACAACACAUGGAGGUUUACAUGUAAAUAAACGUAGUUAAGGGAAAUCACUGGCAUUUUGGUUCCAAACAA